AUGACUUCAUUAGCUAUAUUACCACAGUUAAAGAGAACCAUCACUGACAUUAUGGACGAAGAAUUAUAUCAAUCACCUUCGUCUCCAAAUUCUAUGACGAGUUUCCCUAGUGGUACAGGAAAUUUGAUGAGUAAUACAAAUCACAACACUUUUAAUCAAUCCAAUAAUACACCAUUCAAUAUGAACUACAAUCACAUUUCCAACAGAAAUUCCAUAAACUCAUCGCCCAACUUAUCUGCAACUACAUUUAAUAACGCGAAUAAUUUGGGUAACGUUCUCAAUAUACCCGAUUCGUUUUUAGAACAGUUGGCAUCACAAGAUUAUAUAGAUCAUUUGAAGUCUCAGCAACAACAAGAGCAAGCUUUUGAAAACCCGGAUGAUAUUUACGUUCAAGAUGUGCAUGAAAACCAAGUGAAUCCAUUUAAUGAUUAUGGUAAUCCAGACUCGUUUAUAAGGGCUCAGGAACAACAAUCACAACUACCACAGCCUCAACAACCAAUAUCGCAACAAGACAAACAACGACCACAAUCACAACAACAACAAGCUACUAAAGCUCCUUUACCGCAAGCUUUUCCAACGAGGAGAAGGAGAAAGAUUACUUUGCUUAAUGAUAUUGGUGGUUCAUCGACUAGAAAGAAGCAUUUUGACGAAGAUUAUUUGUUAUAUAACCCAGAUAUAUCUCCAGGCCAUAUUGUAACUGAUUGUUCUUUGGAUUCAUCUUUAGUCAUUCCGCCAAAUAGCAACGAGUUGUUUUUAACAGAGUCGGAAUCUCCGGAAUUUGCUAAUGAUAUAAUUCCAGGAUAUGAGAAUGAUUACUUAUUUUUAGAUGACGACGAUGAGCAAAUUGAAGAGGAUGUGUCUGACGAUGAAGGUGACAAUUAUUUCCAAGUUGACGAAGAUUUUGACGAUUAUUUGAUGAACAAUAACGGUUAUGAUGGGUAUCCAACAUUUAAUAAUUAUGAAAGUUCUGGCAACAAUACUGAUAUUAUUAAUAAUAAUAAUAACAUUGUCGAUGAAACCAUAAGUGAUGCUAAUAGUAAUAGUGAACUAGAGGUAGUUUUUGAUCAACCAAAGGAAGUAUCACCUUCAGCCAUUUCACCUGCAUCUCCAGAUUCGGAUGAUAUGAUGAUUGAUGUUGAAGACGAGACUGAAAUAGCCGAUGCUACUGCUGCUAAAGAAGAGAUCAAUAAGAAACAUUCCAAAUCAGGUAAAAAAGAAUCCAAGUCCCAAAAAGAGAAUCAGUUGACGACGACGACAAAGUCAAAGAAACAUUCUCACGGCAUAUCAGGAGCAGAAAUAACCCUAAAUAAUCCAAACCAUCAAUGUAACUUGAUUAAUCCGUCAACUGGUGAACCAUGUAACAAACAGUUUUCACGUCCCUACGAUUUGAUCAGACAUCAAGAUACCAUUCAUGCAUCUAUGAAGAAGAUUUUUAGAUGUGUAAUUUGUGAAGGUAGAUUAAAUGGUGGACCUGGUAAUGGUAAAGAGAAAACAUUUUCUAGAGGUGAUGCCUUAUCAAGACACAUCAAAAUCAAGCAUGGUUUAGUUGGACAAGACGCAUUAGAUUUAAUCAAUGAAGCUAAAGAGAAUGUUGAAUAUAUUCCAGUAUAA